UCUACCAACCACAAUUCAAAACUCUAUACGCCAUAUCGAAUAUUCGAAUUUAGGGUUCAUUUCGGUUCCAUAUCCUUCGAAGGCCUUGUAAUUUUAUUCAUUUUCUAUCAAAUCCUCCACCCAAAUCGUCUACAAGGUACUCAAAUCCAUCCAUUUCUAAUCUUCCAUUCAAAUCGUCUGCUAGGACUUUUCUAGAGGCGUUUUAUCCAUUUUUGAGAAUUGUAUUCACUAUGAAGUUCUUGGAAUACACACCUCUUGAAAGCAUAAAUGAGUUCUUAAGCAAUUUAAAUCUUGGAGAACGGACAAUCAAGGGAUGCCUUGAAGCUUACUCUUGUAAACACACUGGAACAGACAAAAAGCUUUCUCUCAGUUUGGAGCAUGAGAUCCUUGAUUAUCUUGGGAAAUCUUCAGACACUGACUCAUCCUCGCCGGCUGAAUACUUAUUAAGCAGAUCCAGCCGAAAGACAUUGAUUUAUCUUGUUCUCACACUCUAUCACAUGUAUCCAGAUUAUGACUUCAGUGCCAUGAAAGCUCACCAGUUCUUCACAGAGGAAAGCUGGGACACUUUUAAGCAGAUUUUUGAUACGUACAUGUUUGAAGCAUCAAAGGAAUGGAUCAAGGAAAAUGAGGGUGGUUCCUUGCUUGAAACCUUGUUCAAGGCUCUGGACGAGGUUGUAAAACUAGCAGAAUGUGAAAUCUACAGCUAUAAUCCAGAUUCCGAUGCAGAUCCAUUCCUAGAGAAAGGAGCAAUCUGGUCUUUCAGUUUCUUUUUCUACAAUAGGAAACUCAAGCGUGUUGUGAGCUUCCGUUUUUGCUGUUUAAGUAACUUGGUUGUGGAGGGAUAUCUCGUGGACAAUUCAAGCGACGAGGAAGAUGGGGAAAUCUUUGAUGACAUGGACAUGUGAGUGCCAAUAGCCAAGGACUAUUAGCGUGAUGUUCAUAUGAGAAGACCAAUAACAAUUAUCUGUAGUUAUGCUUCUGCCAAUGCCACCACUUGUGGCACCAAAGUGGUAGGAUUAGCUUUUUUAUUUCUCAACCAUGUAGUUAUCCGUCUCUUGUAGUCAAGAAAAACGCUUCUAAAAGUAUAUGUGAAAUCUAAUGCUAGGUUGUGAUUAGCUGUGAGGAUUCAGAUUUCUAGAAGACAUUCUUGUCCCUCUUCUCAAGUAGUGCCAUUUGUUGAUUUUGCAUGUACAUAUGGAACUUCAUUUGGCUGAUGUUCCAAUAAUUGAAGUUGAAAGUCGUGCGAUGUUUUUUCUUC